GGGCGCCGCUACCCGGCCUGAUGAGCCAUCAGCCUGAACCCAGCGCACCGCAUCGCACGGGCCACGCUACCAACUUCUCAACAACAAACAUUCCGUGAACGACAGGGCAUUGUCUACGAGACAAGUGUCCUCACUCUUCCAAGAUCUCGGGAAGAAAAUCGCCAAACUUUUUUUCUCUCUCAACUGAAUCAUGUCUCGGUCUUUUUACGUGGACUCGCUGAUUUUAAACCAGCCCCCGUCUAGCGAGAGGGAGCACCCACGCACCCCUCCCUCCAUGCACCUCCGCACUAACGGUGAGCCCAAGAGUCUGAGAUGCUACCAGACCCAUCACACGGACACCAUACCCACCUGUCCCAUCUGCGUACGGGACCAGAGCCAGGCGACCUGCGUGGGCCGUCUGCCCGGGAUGCCUCCCCCGACCUCCGCGGCGGUGGCCGUCUUCAAGUCCCCGCUCGCCAGCCUAGCACCGUCGCAUCACUCGCCCAGCGAGCAUCACCGCAUGCUCCCCACCAGAAGUUACCUCGAGUCCUGCCGGGACCAUCACCUUCACCCGUCAAGUCUGGGGCUUCCCCCUCCCCAUAGUAUGAGCCAGCACACGCCGCCAUCCUCCCACACAAGCUACCGCCCCACCAUAGACCCGAGGAGACUCCAAUACCUACCCAUGGCUCUCGACCAUUCGGGAAUGGACCAGGACCACCUGUCUAGCAGCAAGCGCAUCCGCACCGCCUUCACCAGCACGCAGCUCCUGGAGCUAGAGCGAGAGUUCGCCUCCAACAUGUACCUGUCGCGCCUCCGCCGCAUCGAGAUCGCCACCUACCUGAACCUGAGCGAGAAACAGGUCAAGAUCUGGUUCCAGAACCGGCGGGUCAAGUACAAGAAGGAGACCAAGGUCCAGUCACGUGACUGCAAGUGCCAGCGGAUGACGUCAUCGCGGGCCAGCAACAGCAACGGCCGGGCUCGCUCUUCCUCGCCCGGCAGUUCUGCGCGUGCGCCCAUCGACGCCGAAGACAAGCGGCAGCCGGAGAGAGAUUGAAAACUUGAAACACAAAAAACGGGGAAAAAAAGACUUUUAAAAAUCCAAAUUAAAGUUGGAUUUAUUUAUCUAAUUUUAAUGUAUGACAUGUAAACUGUUGGUUGCAUAGAAUGGAAGCCAGAAUGGUAGUUCUAACAGCCAACAUUUUUCUAUAGCGGCUAUUUUAAGGUACUCGUAGAAAGUGGCCGCAAAACUCCUCGGUGUUGCCUCUUUCUUCAAACAUGGCAAGAUUCGAUCACUGUCUACACACAGUAUUACUAUAUACAUUUUGUUUUAUAUUAAGAAAAGAAACCAGAAUUAUGGGUAACUUUGCGCAACAUUUGUGCCACUGUUGCCGUAACUCUUGUCCUCUUUGAUGUAAAUAAUAAUUGAAAUGGGAUGAAAUAAUAACAAACUUUUUAUACUGUUUAUAUACUUUCUUUUGUAUACACAGAUAUAAUCUGUGUGUUUUGAUAAACUAAAUUUGUAGUCUGACUACGAUCGAAAUAAUG